AUGGCGGUGUUGGAAGAAAUCCCCAACGCGUCGACGAACACCACCGGCACUCAUUUCGACCAGAUGACGACGGAAGCGUUGAAACGAGAGGUGGAACGAUUGGAACAAGAAUUGAAGCAACAAGAUCAGCAGGAGAAGUUAAACUCGAUGAAACAAAACGCGGUUCAGAAACGGUUCCAAGAGGCGAGAGAAUUAGCGAUGGAGGCGAAGUUUCGCCCGGCACGAUUGAGGACGGAGAUGAAAGACGAGGAGAUCGAGGAGAGAGGGAAAGGCGUGGUGUUUGGGGAGAUCGAUGCGACCGACGAGAAGAAUAUGGAAGAGCUGGAAAAGCAAGGCGUGGCGAUGGAAGACGUGGUAACUUUACCGCCACAGUGGCAACCGACGGAUAAACCGGCGCAGUAUAUUCCAGAGAACGAGUUGAAGUAUACCAACGGAGACGUGUAUAAAGGCGAAACCGUCGAUCAGAUUCGACACGGGAAAGGGAUACAUCAGUGUUCCAACGGCGACGUGUACGACGGGAACUGGUCGGAGGAUAAACGACACGGACUCGGGACGAUUACGUUUACGAGCGGGAUGACCUAUACCGGGGACUGGGUGGACGAUAAAACUUGUGGAUACGGGAAGUGCACGUAUGCCAACGGGGACGUGUUUGAAGGCGAGUGGAAGAACGAUCAUCGAUGGGGGUGGGGGAAGCACGAGUGGCGAUCGAGCACGGGCGAUAUCUACGAAGGCGAAUGGUUCGACGAUAUUCCCGAAGGUGAAGGGAUAAUGGUGCACAUGGAAGACGGCAAAGAACAAGCGACGUUCCAAGGCUCGUUUUUGAACGGGUUUAGGAAACACGGGACAUAUUCGACGAAAGAUGGGACGGUGGAGUACGUCGGCUCGUUCGCCGAAGGGGAUUUGCGACACGGGAAGGGGAUUUUCUUCGCGCGCGGGUAUUACAAGUACGACGGCGAUUGGAAGUUGGAUAAACGAGACGGGAAGGGAAAGUGCAGUUACGACAACGGAGCUGGGGAGUACGACGGGGGGUGGAAAGACGACAUGCGACACGGGAAAGGUAUCAUGUUUAUACCGAACGAGUACGAAUACGACGGCGCGUGGAAGGAGGAUCGCGAAGAAGGGAAAGGCACGGCAAAGUAUUUGAAAGCGAACGAGAAAUACGUCGGUGCGUUUAAAGAUGGCGCUCCGAGUGGCUAUGGGAAACGAUUAUAUAGCGACGGAAGUAUCUACGAAGGCGAAUUCGAAUACGGCGUGAGAUCUGGUCGCGGCGCGUUUACGAACAAAGAAGACGGGUCGAAAUACAGAGGUGAGUGGAAAGGCGAUAAGAAGAACGGGUACGGAGCGUGUCAAUUUAGCGACGGCACUGUUUUCAGAGGGGAGUGGAAAGACGAUUCAUGGGUGCAAUCGACCGCGUGCCCGAAGAAGACGAAAGUCUUCGGCAACGGCAUCGUGUCCGCCGUGGCGGGCGCCAACGCCACGUUCGGCAUCGAGGCGAGAGACGAACUGAACAACAAAAGGUUAUCCGGAGGAGACAUUUUUCGCGUGGUAUUGACGCUUAUAGAUGAUGAUGAUGAUGAUGGCGGUGGUGGUGAUAAUGACGGUAAUGAUCAAGUUGAGAAAGUAGUGGAAUACGGCGUGGUCACGGAUAACGAUGACGGGACGUAUUCGAUUAGUUACUCGUGCACCGUCGCCGGAACAUACGCGUGCGAUAUUACCAUCGGCGACGACGAACACGUCGCAAACUCACCGUACUCGAAUCUUAUUGUAGCUCCUGGACAAGCGCACGCGCGAAAGUGUAAGAUUCGCGGUGACGGUUUGAAAGUGGCGCAACGCUUCGAAGAGGCUUCGUUCAUCGUCGAGUGCCGAGAUUCGAACGAAAAUCUGUGUGCGUCGCCGUUAGAGAAUCAAGUGCGGAUUUUCGUACGCAUCACCGACGCCAGCGGAAACGAAAUUCAAUUAGUUAAGCCAAUAGGAGUGGAGGAUACCGGUCGUGGAAGUUACGAAGUUCGGUACACGCCGCAAAAAUCCGGAUUUUACGUCGUGAACGUUUUCGAGAAGAAAAACGGCUUGAACGCGCCUACAAUUUUGCUCGGGAAUUCUCCGUAUUCCAUGCGCGUGAAGGAUGCCGGUCAAUUAAGCGAAGCACCACCGACAGAAAAAUUACCAUCGACGACGACGACAACGACGACGAACGGUAGUAAAGAAACAGAAGAAGAAGAGUUUGCGAAAUUCGGCGCCGGUAACAUCGCGCCACCGCCGAGGGAUCUCGCGCGAGACUGGCUCGAUAUCGCUAGAUCCGAUUACAUCUCCGUCGAUAAGAACGAUUUCGGCUUCGAUUCCUCCUCUGAGGAAGAAGAAGAUGAAGACGAAAAGUUUGCGCGCGAGAAUCCGGACACGCCCGUCAUUACAAACUUGGAAGACGUGUACAAGGUGCCAAGACUGAACAAAAUGUUGGCGGAGAAACGCGCUCGAGAACAGGCGAAGAAAGUGGAAACGAUGAAGAAUCGUUUGGAAACGAAAGAAAAGGCGAGGCAGUUAAAAAUGUUAGCCGGAGGUGAGGAGGAUUCGAACGCGAAGACGACUUCGUUGGGUGGUUUGGACUAA